AUGGAGUCUGCCAUGCGAAUGCGAAUGAUGCGAAUCUUCACGCGUGGUGCGAAUAAGCUCACGAAGGACUUUAUCCAAUACCAAUUUCUUGAGCUCGUCACUGCAUCCUCGUCUCCACGUCCACAGCAUCGCACCAUGGCCCCUCUCUCCUUUAUUUCAUUCUGUGGGCUGGCCCUCAGUACUACCUCUGUCUUCGCGAAUCCGCUACCGCUACCCGAAGGCUCCACCGACUCGGGAUGCACGUUUUCUGGCUCAGACGGCGCAUCUAAGGCACAACAGUCCAAGUCUUCCUGCUCCACCAUCACUCCGUCGAGCGUUGAAGUGCCAGCUGGCAAAACGCUCGAUCUGACCGAGCUCAACGAUGGCACGAAGGUCGUCUUUCAAGGCACAACUACAUUUGGCUACAAGGAGUGGGAGGGUCCUUUGGUGUCCAUUUCUGGCAAGAAGAUCACUGUCACCGGUGAGUCUGGGUCAUUGCUCGAUGGUGACGGCAGCAGAUGGUGGGAUGGUGAAGGCGACGAUGGAAAGACAACACCCAAGCUCUUCGAGGCGCACGAUUCGACAUCGUCAAAGAUAUCUGGCAUCACCAUCAAGAACUCUCCUGUUCAAGUCUUCUCCAUCAACGAGGUGGAAGACUUGACCGUCGAGGGUGUGACCAUCGAUAACAAGGAUGGAGACAGCCAGGGAGCUGCCAACACCGAUGCUUUCGAUGUUGGGUCCUCAACAGGGGUGACAAUUUCCGGCGCGAAAGUAUACAAUCAAGAUGAUUGUCUUGCCAUCAACAGUGGAAAGGACAUCACCUUCACCGGAGGCUACUGCAGUGGCAGCCAUGGCCUUUCGAUUGGCUCGGUUGGUAUCCGCAUCAAGACUAUAGUUGGUGGAAAGGGUGCCGUAAAGGGCGUAACUUUCAGCGGCAUCAAGCUGAGCGGUAUCACUGAUGCAGGCAUCAUCUUCGAACAAGACUAUAAGGACGGUGACAAUACAGGCCAUCCAGACGGGGAUGUUCCCAUCACUGGUUUGACGGUCAAAGAUAUUACUGGUACUGUCUCAGAUGAUGCAAGACGGAUCCAUAUUCUCUGCGCCGAUGGAGCCUGCUCUGACUGGUCUUUCUCUGGAGUCAGCGUCAUUGGUGGUAAGAAAAGCUCCAAGUGCUCGGGCGUCCCGUCAGGCGCAUCGUGCUAG